AUGAAAGCACACGGGUCAUUCUAUGAUAUACUAGGAGUAUCUGAUGACUCCGAUCUAAUAGCUAUAAAGGAGGCCUACAAACGCAAACUUCUUGCCUAUCAUCCUGAUAAGAAGCCAUUACACCACCAUAUGGAAGAUAAAACCAUAGUGAAUCGAAUACAAGAAGCUUACGCAGUUCUUUCAAAUCAAAGAACUCGUGCAGAAUACAAUGAGGGACUUACCCAACAAUCUAAACGAGCAGGAGUCGUAAGCGAUGGGGAGGGACUAGAUAUGUUUGACCUAGAUGAUUUCAAAAUGGUCCAAGAGGAGCCUCCAAUGGAUGACUACAGCAACUCAUAUUCACGGAUCUACUGGGAAAAGGAUUGUCCGCGAUGCUCUACAGAACAAGGUUUUAUAUUAACGGAAACUGCUCUUAGCGAGCAGGGUACGAAAGUCACAGAAACUGGAGAGUCUGGAAGAUAUGAGGUUUUGGCUCAAUGUAAUUCCUGCAGCUUAUGGUUAAAAAUUAUCUAUUAUGACCUAGAUGAAGUAGACGACACAUUCCUCCAUGGAUAG